UGUAGGACAAAGGCAAGAAGAAAGAAAAGAAGCAUAAUGUGAUGCGAGAGCUAAAAAUUUCAAAGCUCUGUUUAAACAUAUGUGUUGGUGAAUCUGGUGACAGACUUACACGAGCGUCAAAGGUGUUAGAACAACUAACUGGACAACAGCCCGUCUUCUCAAAAGCCCGCUACACAGUCAGAUCUUUUGGGAUUAGAAGAAAUGAAAAAAUUGCUGUACAUUGCACUGUAAGAGGAGCUAAAGCAGAAGAAAUCCUCGAGAGAGGACUCAAGGUUAGAGAAUAUGAGUUGAAAAAAGUCAACUUUUCAGAGACAGGAAACUUUGGGUUUGGUAUCCAGGAGCACAUUGACUUAGGAAUCAAAUAUGACCCUUCCAUUGGAAUUUAUGGAAUGGACUUCUACGUUGUGCUAAAUCGACCAGGUUUCAACAUUGCAUACAGACGACAGAGAAAAAGUAAGAUAGGUCCACAGCAUAAGAUUUCAAAAGAGGAAGCUAUGAAAUGGUUUCAACAGAAGUAUGAUGGUAUCAUUCUUCCUGGAAAGUAAAGACUGUGUACCUAAAAAAAA